AGCCGGAGCCGGGAGUGAGAGGCGCGGUGGCAGAGGCGGCAACAAGUGCCGGAGACAAGCCGUGCCGGUGACUUCCCCGCCGCCGACACCACUGGGCCGCCCGUCGCGGUGCAACGCAUGGAGCGUGAGCGGCGGCGGUCGCCGGGCUGAGCCGCGCGGAGCGGCCGGGACGUGGAUGCGGCCGGGAUCUCCGCCCCCGCCCCGCUGAGCAGGAGCUGCUCCCGGACAAGAUAUGAGAAAUGAGUGUUGGACGUCGAAGAAUAAAAUUGUUGGGUAUCCUGAUGAUGGUUAAUGUUUUCAUUUAUUUGAUUGUGGAAGUCUCCAAAAGCAGCAGCCAAGAAAAAAAUGGAAAGGGGGCAGUAAUAAUACCCAAAGAAAAGUUCUGGAAGAUAUCUGACCCCCCUGUGGCGUAUUGGAACAGAGAACAAGAAAAGCUCAACAGGCGGUACAACCCCAUUUUGAAUAUGUUGCCCAACCAGACAGGGGAAGGAUACGGGUUUUCCAACAUAAGCCAUCUAAAUUUUUGUGAACCUGACUUGAGGGUCACAUCAGUAGUUUCAGGUUUCAGCAAUUUGCCGGACAGAUUUAAAGACUUCCUACUGUAUUUGAGAUGUCGAAACUAUUCACUACUUAUAGAUCAACCGGAGAAAUGUGCAAAGAAACCCUUUUUAUUGCUGGCGAUAAAGUCCCUCAUUCCACAUUUUGCCAGAAGGCAAGCAAUUCGGGAAUCCUGGGGCAGGGAAACCAAUGUGGGGAACCAAACCGUCGUGCGAGUCUUCUUACUGGGUCAGACCCCGCCAGAGGACAACCACCCGGACCUGUCAGACAUGUUGAAAUUUGAGAGUGAGAAGCACCAAGAUAUUCUUAUGUGGAACUACAGAGACACCUUCUUCAACUUGUCCCUGAAAGAAGUGCUCUUUCUCAGGUGGGUGAGCACUUCCUGCCCAAACGCUGAGUUCGUUUUCAAGGGCGAUGACGAUGUUUUUGUGAACACGCAUCACAUCCUGAAUUACUUGAAUAGCUUAUCCAAGAACAAAGCCAAAGAUUUGUUUAUAGGUGAUGUGAUCCACAAUGCUGGACCUCAUCGGGAUAAGAAACUGAAGUACUACAUCCCAGAAGUUGUUUACACUGGUGUCUAUCCGCCUUAUGCGGGGGGAGGUGGAUUCCUCUACUCUGGCCACCUGGCCCUGAGGCUGUACAAUAUAACUGACCGGGUCCUUCUCUACCCCAUUGAUGAUGUUUAUACUGGAAUGUGCCUUCAGAAACUUGGCCUCGUUCCAGAGAAACACAAAGGCUUCAAGACAUUUGAUAUAGAAGAGAAAAACAAGAAUAACAUUUGUUCCUAUGUAGAUUUGAUGUUAGUACAUAGUAGAAAACCUCAAGAGAUGAUUGAUAUUUGGUCCCGGUUGCAAAAUGCUCAUUUAAAUUGCUGAAAUAUACACAAACUAAGUUUUGCAUAGAAAGACAUAUCUUGACUACUUCCCAUGUUGUGUUCUUUCACAUUAGGGGUAAUAUCUAUGUUAAAGCAUCAAAAUUGCCUUCAUUAGUAGUAUCCAUUUGAGGGUCUCUAAACCCUCCAGUGUGGUACUUUCUGAAGAGGGAAAGCAGAGGAUCAUUAACUUUUCACAGAGGAUAUGGUGGGAAGAUCGGUUCCAAUCCUUCCUAUAGUGGCCAUUAUUUUCUAAUUUGCCUCCCUUCUCAGCUGAAAUCAUAAGUUUCUGGAAUCUGACCGGUUUAGGUUAUGUAUGUUUUGCCCUCAUAUGAGAAUAUUCUUACUUUCCAUUAUAAUGAGUGAAUUAUCUGCAAUUUAGGUGUUUAUAAACUUACUGGCUACAAAGACCUUGUUAUGUAUGAUUCAGUGGUUUUUGUUGAAUGGAAUUCCAGUUAUUUUCAUGAAAUUUGGAUGAACUUUUUAAAUUGUCUACAAAAAUUAACUUCUGUCAAAAUUUCCUGCCACCCCAACAGCAUUUUCUUGUUUUCAUAGCUUAGUUAAUUUUGCAAAAUGAGAAUCACUGUGUGACAUUUAUCCUGUUUACCUUGUUUUAUGGUCUUAUGGUCUUAUGACCGUAAUAAGGAGAAAGCUUAACUGUCCCGGUAUUUGGUUUGCUGGAUGAUACCGUGAUAGUUCCCUAAUUUUAGUAUUUGAAGAUCACGAGUAUGAUUCCAUAAUGGCCAUUGGAAGAUUAAAUUGACCCUGGCAGCCAUAUUGGGCUUCAGAUUUUUCGAUGUGGACCAGGAAGGCAUUUGUAAUUUCUGAACUUCAAGUAAAAAGAUUGAAAUUGCAGACCUUCUCGUGAAUGGAUUGUCAGUUUAAAACUCCAGGAUUCUAUUCUUGCCAUAUUUUCACAUGUCGCCUAUACAAAAUUAUUCUGAGUAGUGACUGCUUUCCUGUCUCAGUGUAGAAGUGCCUGUGUUUUUAUUUAUUGUUCAGAUCGAAGACCAAAACAUUUUCUUAAAUAUAUUUUGUGUAAUAUUUUAUUUGUAUACAGUGUUGUUGAUGAACUAUUUAACUAGAGCAUGGUAUUUUAAGUGUUAAGGUGUAACAUAUGUUAAAUAAAGCUAACUGUUAUUUUUGAAUUUUAAAAUUUGGCUUUUUUCGGGGGAGGGGGUCUGUGAACUACUAGAGUUGAUAAAAUUCUGCCAAACUGUUGCUUACAUAUACUAUCUUGUAACAUGCUUUCUUGAAAUAUUUUUGUGUUUAUAGAAAUGAUGCUUCUUACCAGAUGUGAUACUGGGGGCUGUAAGAUGAUGGAAAUAAAAUCACUGUAUUUUUAA